AUGUACUGGUUUGUGCAGGCUUUCGUAUUUGGCGUUCAAAUGGCUCAUCACAAGGUUUUCAUCGUUGCAGUGCUGCUUUGUUGUGUCUGUUUGACAGUUUCAUCAAAUGGGAAAGUAUCCGUCAUUGAUCUACCUUACGUUUCCGGAGAAUGGUAUUGGAAACUGCGUUUCUUUUAUCCAGCCAGUAAAAGCGUGGAUGGAAAUGUUGGUGAACUACAGAACUAUACGUUUAUUCCGAAGACAACCUCAUCUAAUGUACAUACAAAUGAAACUAUAAAAUCAGAUAACCAACUAAUUAGUAUUAAUUUGGUUAUGUCCACAGAAGGUUCCAAACUACAGAAAUGUGUUUUGUUGUUAACAGUAGAGCAGGAUGAAGAAUACUUUGCAUGGACAAAUAUGACAUUAAUAUAUCAGUUCGCUGAGCCUUUAUCCACUUUAUCACAAUCUGAAUUACCUACUUCUGAAGCCAAAAUUUCCACUUCGCCUGAUCAAAAAUUUUUAACUCGUACUGAUGAAGUGUAUGUGUGUGAUACAGAAAUACCAAUUAAAUUUGGUCACAAUGUUGAGAUUGUCUUUAAUUCAAUGACAUUUCAAGCAUUUAAAUCUGAAGAAACAAUUAGACCAGAUCGCUUACGAGAAGUUUGUCCACGUGACUUCAAGAGUAAUAUACCAAUUACAGCGUUGACUGGAGUUUCAUUGCUUGUUGUGGUAGUACUUAUUGUUUCAGUAUUUGGAAUAAAUGCUUAUUUGGCUCAUCUUAAAUCAACACUUCAGUAUCAACAAGAGUUGAAGAACAAUCAACAAAAUACUGCAAAAGACUCAGACUCUUUUAAUUCAGUUAAUGUAACUGAGUGUAUUGAAUUGAAGGAUGCUAAUUUGAACAUCAAUAAUCAACAAAGUGGAACAAUGAAUUCAAGUUCAAGAAAUUCACAUUUACCACCAUUAAAUAGAAUUACCGUUAUCUCUCAAGAUGACUUUCAUCAGUUAUGUGCUCUUCUGGAGUUUCGAGGUUAUUUUCUUAUUACAUAUACAAACAAUCGUUCGAAAGAGACAACCUGUUAUCGAAUUCCUAUCGAUUUGACAGAGAAAUAUUCUUCGAAAGAUGAGAUUUCUUACAUUUUGGAUAAAUCUUUUUUGAUGAAUCAUAACAACACAACAAACAGCAAUAUAUCGGAUAAUAACAGUAAUAACAAAUCAAAAAUACCAUAUGGUGAGCCAGAUAAUAUGAUCAUAGUAACAACGAAUUCAUCAUGCUGUGACAAUUUUCUUCGAUGUUUCUCUCUUCCACUCAAUUCUAGUGGAAAUGAGAACAGUUUGAUAAGAGAUUGGACAAUUGAUUUUUACUGGAACCGUACACCAGAAAUGUACGAGUUUGGUGAAGAGGGUUGGAGUAGUGUUGGUUCACCUGUUGGCGCAUUAUCAGGUGUUUAUGAUCUGGUUGAUGUGAAACUAAAGUAUCGUUUUGAUAGAAAUUCUGGAUUUGACUUUCUAAUAAGUGGAAAUGAUACUAAGGAAUUUAUUGUACAUAGUUUAGCUGAAAAGCGUUUACAAGCUAGAGUUGUAGUUAAUUCGAAUGAUAAUUACAUUAAAUCACAUAACGACAAAUGGAAUAUUAUAAUGAGUUUACAAAGUGUGCGCUCUCAAGCAUUUGCUGACGUCAAUGUACCAGAAUUUACUGGAGCAAGUGUUGUGUGUGCUGGUGAUAUCUCACAUGAUAUGAGUCUAUCUAUUGCAAUUGGUUUAUCAUUGUGCAGUUUAGUUAUUUGUGUACUAUUCGGUUUAGCAAUUAAUCACUUAAGACAAAAAGAUGAAGUCUUUAAACCUGUGGAUACAACAGGAGAUGACCAAAAGUCAUGA